AUCACGUCCACUUCAAGCAAGUCAAGACGUUUCUCCAUCGACGUGGAAGAGUUAUAAGAAGACUGCUACGCCUCCCACGAUCCUCAAACCUUCUGAGACCAUCGCGUGCAGCCACACCUUCAGUUCCCUCUUUACUCAUUGAGCCUUUGUUUGUUCUCGAUUCUGCACAGUCGCCCGUUCAUCAGCGUGGAACAAGACAAGAUGGUUGCGUACGCUCUCGGAUGUGUUGCAGCCUUGUUGGCUACCACCUUGGCCAGCCCAGUUCAAUACGGUGUCGACGACAAGCUGUCCGCAAACUGCACUUCGACCAGUGCCUCGUCCGUCGGCGCCAUCACUGGAUCCUCCUCCUCCUCCUCCUCCUCCUCCCUUCUCUGGACCUAUCCAUGGGGCUCUCACUCUUUGCCAUACGGCUCGGGGACCAGCUAUAACACCGGCACAUCCCCAAGCUCAUCCUCUCAAGCCUCUGGCAUCACUGCUUCCUCCGCAUCAAGCAAUGCCACCUCCUCUGGACCGUCUGUACCAUCCACAACCCAACCCAUCGUGACAAUCACAGUCAUCGUUCCGCCUUCCGGCACUGGCUCUUCGGGCUUCCCAUUCUACACCAACAGCACGACAGCCUCGCAGUUCAGCACAGGUGCCAUUUCGGCGUCUUCAAGCGCGCUUUCUGGGACCGCGGUCUCGGGUAAACCCACUGGCACCGCCCCUACUGUCUCCAGCAGUCCCAUUGUCAGCUUGCCGACUAACAACUACUCCAUUCCUUGCUCGACUGGGUAUCUGCCGUCGAGCAAGCCUUUUACUGGCACAGGCGCCACGUCUACGGUCAAUGUGGCGUUGAGUCUGCUUUCGAAGACAUCUGGGACGGGUAUCCCUGCCUCUUCAUCUCCUCAGACCUCGGGAUCUCCUGUCAAUACUUCGAACUCAACCGGUCUUGCUUCUGUGCCAUCAACUCCGAGCGGCACUGCAUCGUCGACGCCGAUCGGAACUGCACCCUUGACUCCAAGCGGCACUGCACCAGUUCACGGCACUUCGUACCCCUACUCCUCCGGCGCUCUCCCCACCCCACCCUACCCACACUCCUGGGCGUCAUACACAUGGUCUGCCGCGCCGGUGGGCACAGCAAGCAGCAGCAGUGCUCAAGUGAACGCAACGAGCUCUUCGUCGCCUGCGCAGUCGAGCUCCUCGUCUCCGGCCGAAUCAAGUUCUUCGUCCUCACCAGCGCAGUCGAGCUCCUCAUCACCCGCACAGUCGAGCUCCUCAUCACCCGCGCAAUCGAGCUCAUCGUCGGCAGCGCAGUCCAGUUCUUCAUCAUCGCCAGCCCAAUCGAGUUCCUCAUCUUCCGCAGAGGCCAGCUCGUCGUCUUCACCAGCGCAGUCGAGCUCGUCAUCUUCGCCAGUGCAGUCCAGCUCGUCAUCUUCGCCAGUGCAAUCCAGCUCCUCACCAUCUCCAACUCAGUCGAGCUCCUCGUCUCCCGCGCAGUCAAGCUCAUCGGCCUCCGUCAGCGGUGCUUCCACCCCAGCGACAACAGUCGUGACACAGACGAUUUACAUCACCUCCGUGGUGUCCAACAGCGCUCAGACUGCCUCUUCGGGGACCGCGUCAUCGAGCGGCGCGAGUAGCUCGCUCGUCUCAGCCGGCUCGACUGCAUCUUCGAGCCUAUCCACUUCGUCUUCCUCCUCCGCUUCCGCCGCAUCUUCUUCGUCGUCUUCGCCGUCGUCAUCGGCGGUCUCAGCAAGCUCCCAGUCAGCCUCAUCGCCAUACGGACCCUUCAGCAGCGGCACUUCUCUCUCCUCGUCAUCGUCAUCGGCAGCAGCAUCGUCGAGCAGCGAGGCCGGAGCGCAGAGCACAUCGGCCCCUGUCGCACCAUCUUCGUCCUCUUCUUUCUCCCCAUCUUCAUCAUCCUCCUUCUCGCCGUCUUCGUUGUCCUCCCUUUCGAUUCCGGCUUACCCUUCCUCCAGUGCGAGCGCGAGCGGGCCGGGCAGCUACGGCAGGCGUGCCGUGAAAUUGAAGACGUAGGACGGACGAGUCCUAGUCGGAGAUUGGGGCGGUGUCUCGACGAGAAUGAGGGAAGGAGUAGAUGUAUGUAGUAUUGCAUUAGAAGCAUUCUUGUGGCGAACUGUGGCAGGUUCAAGCGGCGACAUCGAGGCGGAUGUUGGGAGCAGAUAGGGGGAUAUGAUAGCA